ACGGCAGACGAGUCUCUUUUGGACGUUCGACAACUAAUAACGAGAAUCAAAAUGACUACAAGACACUUAAGUACCGGAUCGGUGCUUCCGCCACUCGUACCUGGAAAAAUACGUUUGUAUAGUAUGCGUUUUUGCCCAUACGCGCAAAGAAUACAUCUCGUGCUGGAUGCUAAACAAAUUCCAUAUGAUAUUGUGUAUGUGAAUCUAACACACAAGCCAGACUGGUUAAUAGAAAAAAGUCCAUUGAAUAAAGUCCCUUGCAUUGAAUUAGAAGGAGGAGAAACAUUAUAUGAGAGCCUAAUUAUUGCCGAUUACCUGGAUGAUGUAUAUCCUCAAAAUAAAUUAUAUCCAAGUAAUCCUUUAGCAAAAGCUAAAGAUAAAUUAUUAAUUGAUAGAUUUAAUGCAGUAAUAACAACUAUAUAUAAGGUAUUUUAUUUAGGUCCAACACUAGAGCAAGAUGUAUUUAAUGAAGCAUUAAAUGGUUUAGAACUUUUUGAUCAGGAAUUGGCAAAAAGAGGAAGUCCCUUUUUUGGAGGAAGCAAGCCUGGUAUGUUAGACUUUAUGAUAUGGCCAUGGUGUGAAAGAGCAGAUGUGAUAAGAAUUAUACGGGGAGAGCAGUUUGUCAUACCAAGAGAACGUUUCCUGAGACUGCUUGAAUGGAGGAAUGCAAUGAAAGAAGACCCUGCAGUACGUGGCAGCUUUCUGGAUGUUGAAACACACGCCAAGUACAUACGUAGUCGUAUAGCUGGGACACCUCAGUAUGACUUAAUAGUUAAUAGCUAAAGACAGUGAUUCAAUUACAAAGGCUAUUCCAUCUAAUAAUCUAAUAAUCUCUUAAGAGAGUUUAAACUUAAGUUUUACUCUCUUGAGUUUGAUUCAUUACUUCUUUACAUAACACUGAUUCAAUACAACAAAUUUUCUAUAGCAAAAGUAUAUACUUGCAAAAUUAAUGUUUGUGUGCAAUAUCUAAAAUCUAAAAUAAGCGUUAACUGUAUAUGUGCAAUAUUUAAAAUCUAAAGUGUUAACUUUGUGAAAGAAAAAAACAUUUAUCUUAUCAUAUUAAUUGUAAUGGUGAACAUGAAGAUAAAAAUUCCUUUUACAUAAAAUAUUGCAUACAUGGUUUUGUAUAUUUAUU